AUCAUCCCAAUUCAUUCAAAUUAACUCUCCUUAUUCUAUACCACUCACUCAUAAUUAAUUAUAUAUAGAUAUUUGAGAGUUCAUCCACCAUGAAUACCCAAAUACUCUUCUUUAGUCUUGCUUUAGCUUUCAUUGUCUUUGCUGCAGGGGCAAAUGCUACUACCAUCACCAUUAAAAACAACUGCCAAAGAACCAUCUGGCCAGCAACAUUAGGCGGCUCAUCUCAACUAUCAAUCACCGGUUUUGAGUUAGCACCCCAAGGAAACAAGUCGGUGGACAUCCCCGACGGCACUUGGAUCGGCCGCUUCUGGGCCAGAGACAUAUGCUCCACCGACGCAUCCGGCAGCUUCACCUGCGCCACUGGCAACUGUGGCUCCGGUAAGAUCGAAUGCAACGGUUUAAGUGGAGCCACACCGGCAACUCUGGUAGAAUUUACCAUCAGAGGAGACGGCGGGAAAGAUUUCUACGACGUGAGCAACGUGGACGGGUUCAACAUUCCAGUUUCGGUUGUGCCACAAGGUGGUAGCGGCGAUUGCCAGGAGUCAAUAUGCGGUGUGAACAUCAAUGGAGAUUGCCUACCGGAACUCCAGUUUAAAUCCGGAAACGACGUCGUUGGAUGCCUGAGUGGUUGUGCCAAGUUUAAUGAGGAUAGGUUUUGCUGUACAGGAGCUUUUGAUAAACCAGAUUGUCCUCCCACUGACUAUUCUAGAUUCUUUGAGGAGAAAUGCCCUAAGGCUUACAGCUACGCUAAAGAUGAUAAGGACAGUACUUUUACUUGCACCAAUCCUAACUAUCUCAUCACUUUCUGCCCAUGAUCAUCAUCACAGAUUAUAUCUAUAAGAAACAGUACUAUUUUUUAUAAAUAUAUAUGUACGUAUUAUUACAGAAAUGUUACGCAGAAAAAUAAAUAACAAUGAUGCUGAUUAUGCUA